AUGUCGGAACCAAUUACCACCUUGGUAUCCUCCAAGAAGGUCACCAAGAAGAAGAAAAUAGGAUUUCGCCCCGUAGGAAAAGCCAAACCCAAAGCCGCAAAAAAGGGAGGCAACAAAUCAUCUGUCAAGGCAUCCUCAUUGAAGUCACCGCCUCCUGGUUCCAUGCCAGCAUCCCCUGGUAAGCUGCGAACGUCAAGGACCAAAGCAACGCCUAGCAUUGCCGAACCAAUGGCAGAUGCGGAUGCCUCAACCGCGGCAUCACCUUCAGACAUGCCUGAAGUAACGGAAGCUUCGUCUACAACGCCUGUAGACGAAACGUCCUCCAAACUACCGGAACCUUCUGAAGCAAGCUCUACAGAACACACAAAGUCAAUCCUUAAAAUACCAGUAAUGCAACGGGGCUCUCCACGAAAGCGAAAGCACGCUGGAAUUACCAUUGGUACUUCUCGCAAACUCACUGAUACCGCCACGGAACGAUCCAAGGCUGCAGUGGUUGUUGCUCAGAAACCUCCAACGGCAAAUCCCGAAUUAGUCGACGAAACGCACAAGCCCGCUGCUUCUUCCGCUAUUGAAUUGGUUUCUUCCUCCAAAUCCGAAGAACAAGACAACCAACUAAUUGAAAAGCUUAAGUCUGAAGAUCCGGAAGGCAAAUCACUGAGUUCGUUUUGUUCCAGUUUCAAAGUCAAGAAACCCAAAAACGCCGAUGGCGAUUCCGAGACAGUAGGGAAAAAGAAAAAGACUAAUCCAAAUGCUCCCGAAAAUGACAAUGACUUUCAUGGCAACAAGGAGCCCGCUCAACGAGGUGUCCCCGAAGUGCAAAUGGUGGAUGGACAAAUUGUCUUGCAAGAAUCGAGUUUGAUGUUUCCCGGUCAACGCCGGACCAUUCAAGAAGUGGAGGCCGAAUAUGAAGUCGUAGAAGAAGAUGCUCAAUUGACCAUUAUUGGAGCCAAUUGCAAUUCCUUUGUCAAUCGCAAGAAACCCAAGCAUUGGACCAAGGAGGAAACCAAAAAGUUUUAUGAAGCGCUGAUGCAACUCGGUACUGACUUUUCUAGUAUGGAAGCCUUUUUCCAAGAUCGGAAUCGCAAACAAUUGAAACGAAAAUACACUACUGAACUGAAAAAGAAUCCUAAUCUGAUUGAAAUGGCAUUGAAUCCAAAAUGCCAAAAGGAUGUCGAUCUCUCGAUCUUUUCCGUCCAAGUGGGCAAAAAGGACAUUAAAGCUGCUGCGAAACAAGACAAGAUCCCCAUUCCCUUUGAACGAAACGAUGUCGAAACAGAAGAAGACAAGGAGGCCGCCAAGAAGAACAAGCGACGCAAACGUGGUAAAAGCGAAGGCGAAGAACCAUCGCCCCAACAACAACAACAAGGCGUAUGGGAAGUUGUCCAGGAAGAUGCAGCCGUGGUCGUCCAAGAAGAAGCUCCAAGAACGGCCAUUUCGGCACGAUUUACUGCCGAACAAGAUGCCCUGUGGUUUGGAGAUGAAGAUGCGAAUCAAAAUGACAUUCCGGGACCUAGCAUGGAAGACUUUUUCCAAAGCAAUGCUGACGAGAACACUACACCUGCUGACGAGAACUUACUCUCCGAAAUGGGUGGUAGUGGUCCAGUAGGAGCCGAAUCACUCUCAUUGGUGCCCAACAAGAAGACCACUCCUGCUGCCAAGAGGAAACCCAAGUUUCGAUCGUCGGGAAGAAAGAAAAAGAAAUGA